UUUAUUAACCAGACACAAAAAUCCUGUUUCUCUUUUAGAAUAGAACAAUGGAAUACUAAAAACGUAACUUAUUGACACGUAGCUAUACGUCUAUGCCUACAAAGAAAGAAGUGCAGAUGUUGGUAGGCCGAACAUAGAUAUGUUGCCUAUAUCUAUGUAGCAAACUGAUUUCCUAGCGUAAUAAUAAUUGCAUUCCAGGUUUGGUUUAUUUUUUAGCCAGAACCGAAAGUUCCUCCAAUACUUUUUGCAUGCUGUCCUGACAAUGACUUUCCCUCUCCCUCUCACUCUCUCACUCUUUGCUGGAGGGAGGGGGGACAGAAGUUAGCUACCCUCUACUCCGUUUUUGUUCUGGAACCGGAGCGGAACAGAGAAGGGCGCGAGGCGGUGUUCGGUAUGGCGGGGGGCUCAAGCGGCGUCUCAUUUCUCGGGGUUCUGCUGCUCGCUGCGAUUCUGGUGCAGACCGUGGCCGUUACUGUCACCGUGCUAUACUUCACUAAUGUCCUCAACACGAUGAAGGAGAUGUUUGCAAGGAGCAGUGUGUCGUGUCUGACACGGGCCGACCUCAGAGGGGGACACGUACCCUCCUCCACCGAGGGGAGAGGAGACCCCUGCUGGCAGGUCACACAGCAACUACACAUCCUCAUAGAGAAGGUAACACACAUCCUCAUAGAGAAGGUAACACACAUCCUCAUAGAGAAGGUAACACACACCCUCAUAGAGAAGGUAACACACAUCCUCAUAGAGAAGGUAACACACAUCCUCAUAGAGAAGGUAACACACACCCUCAUAGAGAAGGUAACACACACCCUCAUAGAGAAGGUAACACACAUCCUCAUAGAGAAGGUAACACACACCCUCAUAGAGAAGGUAACACACAUCCUCAUAGAGAAGGUAACACACACCCUCAUAGAGAAGGUAACACACAUCCUCAUAGAGAAGGUAACACACACCCUCAUAGAGAAGGUAACACACACCCUCAUAGAGAAGGUAACACACACCCUCAUAGAGAAGGUAACACACACCCUCAUAGAGAAGGUAACACACAUCCUCAUAGAGAAGGUAACACACACCCUCAUAGUGAAGGUAACACACAUCCUCAUAGAGAAGGUAACACACACCCUCAUAGAGAAGGUAACACACAUCCUCAUAGAGAAGGUAACACACAUCCUCAUAGAGAAGGUAACACACACCCUCAUAGAGAAGGUAACACACACCCUCAUAGAGAAGGUAACACACAUCCUCAUAGAGAAGGUAACACACAUCCUCAUAGAGAAGGUAACACACAUCCUCAUAGAGAAGUCUUUGUCUCAGCGAUAUCAGAGGGAGAUCUCCUCAGCAGUUAGAGAUGAGGUGUCCAGGGUGUUGCCCUCACUGGUGAUGGAGGACCAGGCUCCUUCUCGCCCCAAAGUCGCUGCCCACGUCACUGGCAGCUUGGCUCCCAAAGCAGAGAGGGAGGGAGGAGGUUCCCCGGGGCGGCGUGUGCAGGGGCAGAAGAUCUCAUGGUGGGAGGGGCAUAAUGGGCUGGCAUUCCUUCAGGAAGUCCGAUUGGUUGACGGGGAGCUGGUGGUGCCUCGCCCAGGACUCUAUUAUAUCUAUGCCCAGACCUACUUCAGACACACCCACCCCGAGGGAGAGGAGGGGGAAGAAGAGGAGGAAGAGGACAGGGAGCAGAGGGGGAGACCCAUGCUGCAGUAUGUCUAUAAGAAAGUGUCCUCCUACCCAGUACCCAUCCUGCUGAUGAAGACAAGCAGGACCUCCUGCUGGUCCCGGGACUCCCAGUUUUCUCUGCACUCCGCCCACCAGGGGGGGCUGUUCCCAUUGGCUGCCGGAGAUCACGUCCUCGUCACCGUUAGCAAUGUCUCCGCCAUCGACAUGGAUGAGAGGAGCAGCUUCUUCGGGGCUUUCCUGGUCAGCUAGAGGUCAGGGGUUGGUCUGUAUGGUGACUCAGAGGGCUGGAACCUGGGAUACACACUGUUUGGGAGCCAUGUGUGUGUGCUGACAGACAAAUCAUUUGAGAGCUGUGUGUGUGUGUGUUGUACAAAGAUUUAAGCUCUGCGACCCUGCUGGACAUGUGAGCGGAGCUUGUGUGGUUAUCCAACCACACCCAGGUGCCUAGGAUCCAGCCUUCGCUCAUGGCUCAUCCAAUGAGCUGUGUCCAAGGCCAGCAGGCCUGUGUUGAUUGGAUGAAAAGCAGCUGAGUGGCGUGAGGUAGGGGUUCAACAUCUGCUUUAGAACUUCAUUGGACAAAUGACCAAUAAUUAACCAAUGAAAAGUGAGGGGAUAAUUGUGAAUAAGUCUUAGUACUCUUUUCAUCUGUCCUAAAAGGAUGAGUCUCCUUCUCCUGUUUGUCUGAACUCAGAUGAUUUUAAUGUAAAUAUGAACGUGGGGUGUUUUGGUGUUGUGGUUGUGUUAGAACUGUAUGGACAUUGAAUGUUGUUUGAUUGUAGCCUGUCAUAUUUUUAACACAACCCCAAGCUCUGACCUGAGUAACACCGCCUGCGACCACACAUUCAAUACAGCACUUUUCCACUUUGUUUCACAGUAUAGAUGUUUAAGGCCAUGACCCAGGAGGCCUACUGUACUGUAGCCCAGACCGACUGUCACUAUGGGAACCAGUGUUAGGACAUGGGUAAUAUUCACUCUACUAAAAGAUUUACCGAUUCUCCCGACAGAUGAUGGACUGACCUAUAUAUCCAUAGGUACAGACAAGCGGAGAGGUCUGGACAGGGUUACCAGUUAACCCGCCUCACUGGAGGGGGGGGGGUUGAAUCAUUUUACCGUUUGUUCAUGACUCCUGUAGAUCCAGAUGUGUGUGGCCGUGGAAGUGACCAUGGAGACACACACCAAAUAUGUUGUUGAUGUUAAUCACUUGUGCUCGAGUCCAACUGCUCUCAUGUUCAUGUAGAAAACAUGUCUGUAAAUGUGCACAAUAAAGACUCCAAAGAAACUAAUAUAGGCUACCAUCACUUGUGGUCAUGUAUAGCAGUAAGCAUUCAGUACCAAUCUAUCACAACAAAACAGACUUGGGUCAAGGCGUCUUAUGUGUGGACAUUAUAUCAAGCAUCUCACACCACCUGCUGGUGGGUAGAUGUUACUGACUACUAGUGGUCAUACUAAAGACUGCAGGUGACCUGACUCCACAGGACAAAGGAGGG